CAGCCUGUGACGAAUCACGAGCUCGCCCAGUCAGUCAAUUCGCUCCAAGAUCCCGUCCAACGUCCGAUCGCAGGAGCAAAACCUCGUCGUCGUCUUCAUCGUCGUCGGAGACUGCCCACGUGAUCCGCAUGAUGAAGACGCGGAACCUGCCCAAGCCGCCGCCCGAUACAUGGCACUCGUCGGUGCGGUUCACCGCGGCCGUGAUCCUCUCGGGCACCAUAUUCUCGCUCGUCAUGGUGCUCGCCUACAUCUUCGAGACGACCGUGCUCAUCCCCUGGGACAGCAUUAACACCAAUGGCAUCACACGUCCUCCUCAGCUCGAGAAAGGAACCGUGGCGGUGGCUUACGGCCUGAAUGACAGCGCUCUUUCAUUCGCCGGAGCCAACGACACCUUUGUCAAGCCCGAGGGUCUUCUGGACUAUGACGAAGGAGUGGGAGACACGACGGCCCUGGUGUGACAAGCGAGGAUCGUCCGGCCGACAUAGCGUGUUCAUGGACUCUUUUGAUAGUCGAUAUUUCUCCGAGGCGAUAGACGAAUUCAUAAUGCGUGAACGCGUCGAAACUGUCGCAACAAAGUCGUUUAGUGUGCUUCAUGAAUUCUCUUAUAGGAGGAAAGAAAACUGAAAAACUGACCAUACUGUUAAGCGCGGUUUCUUAAGUUGCAUCCUGUAUUCAGAUAUACUGAGGCAAUUUGCUACAACACCUUUUAUUCUUGUAUUAUUUCUCCCUUAGACAC